AUGCCAGCUUUGUUGCGAAAAUUGUGUAUCGUCGCCGCCGUUGAUGGACUAAUUCUCCAGGUUCCCGGGAACGGGUUGCGACACAAUGGAAACAAUGAAUCUUCCUCAAUACGGAUUGACUAUAAAACCGGCAGGGUCUCGUUCAAUCCAACCUACCCCGCGGACCAAGAUGAGCGUGAUGAAGGGAUGGAGGCUUUCGGCCUUGUUGGCCUUUUGACCGUUGCGUCAUACUCCUUCCUUAUCUCUGUAACUCAACGCCAACAAGUUGCACAAAUCCAAGGAAAGCCUGUUUACUCUAUUACCAAUGUUGCUAUCAUUCCAACUUCGUCACAGGAAGAUGCUAGCCGCGCAAUUUUCCAGGCAAAAGAACAAAUCUUGCAAGGUGAAGGUGGGCAAGAUGAGACGGCUUCAGAGGAGAGUAUAUCCGAUGUGGAGACUGAUAGUGAGGAUCUCGAUGUUAGCACCAUGCCCUCUUCUCCGGUCCGAGAGACUUCCCACAUUAGAGGUCAUAGUGUCAGCAGUAUUGCUGAAGAUGUGAUCGGGAAAAGGGCACGUUUCGGACGCUUUGCGGCGAAUUGGUUGUCGAGGAAGACCCUUGGAUUACCAGGAUUUGGUACAGUAGGUCAGGAACCUACGGACACGUCUAAAGGUGUUGGCACAGACGUGAAUAAGGAAAGUGCCGAAGCAACCGCGUCGGAAGUUGACGUCUCGCUGCGGCAGAGCGCAGGGGAUCCGACGGUAGAAUUGCUGCCGAAAUUACUUCGUUACACGAAGUUGCUUUUUACAUCGAAUAAUUUCUUCUUUGCAUAUGAUUAUGACCUCACUAGACAUAUUGGCGGGCAAAGUUUGGCACUCAACAAUAGCCAUCUGCCACUACACAAGGUAGUGGACGAAUUGUAUUUCUGGAAUAGGCAUCUCAUGGAACCAUUUAUCACAAUCGAUGCCCAUAGUUUCGUGUUGCCGCUGAUGCAGGGUUUUGUCGGCCAGCGGGAAUUCACAGUGGCGACUACAGAAGGCCACCGACCGACAAGACUAGAUAAUCCUCAAGAGAGCUCGGAGGGGCGUAUCGUCGACGAAACACAUGAAACGCAAGCCCCUGGUCUCGAUAAGCGAAAAUUCCUCCUUACCUUGAUUUCCCGGCGGUCGGUAAAGCGGCCUGGCCUCCGAUAUCUGCGCCGUGGUGUUGAUGAUGAAGGAAAUACCGCCAACAGCGUAGAGACUGAACAGAUUCUCUCGGACCCUGACUGGGAUCCUGUACGCAAUGUUUACUCCCAUCUUCAAGUGCGUGGGUCCAUUCCGCUAUACUUCUCUCAGUCACCCUAUACUUUCAAACCCGUCCCCGUGCUACAUCACUCGCCAGAAACGAAUCAGCUUGCCUUCGAUAGACACUUCCGUAACUUGAGUCGAAAGUACGGCAAGAUCCAAGCAGUUUCACUCAUUGACAAGCACGCGGGCGAAAAGAAGCUGGGGGAGCAGUAUGAAAAAUAUGCGCAAGCUAUGAACCAGUCAGGAGGGAUAGAUGGGACACAGCUUGGCUUAGAGUGGUUUGACUUUCACAAUGAGUGCCGUGGAAUGAGGUUUGAGAAUGUCAGCCGACUUGUGAAUAGCUUGGAGAGCACCUUGAACGAAUACAGCGACACAGUCGUACACAACAAUACUGUUAUUCAGGGGCAAACAGGCAUCGUCCGCACUAACUGCAUGGACUGUCUAGAUCGUACAGGAGUCGCACAAUGCGCCUUCGGUCAGUGGGCUCUAGAGCGGGAGCUGAAGCAGGAGGGCAUCAACAUCGACCUUGGCGGCGAUUCCUCGACGCAAUGGUUCAAUACCCUUUGGGCAGAUAACGGCGACGCCAUCUCCAAACAGUAUUCCUCAACAGCAGCUCUGAAAGGUGAUUAUACUCGGACGAGGAAACGGGACUAUCGAGGUGCAUUGAACGACCUGGGACUGACUUUGACACGGUACUUCAACAACAUUGUCAACGACUAUUUCUCACAAGCGUGUAUCGACUACAUGUUAGGAAAUGUUUCCACGCAAGUGUUUAAAGAAUUUGCAACGGAGAUGCAAACAGCUGAUCCAGGAAUCUCAGUUCAAAAGCUCCGCCAGAAUGCUAUAGAUACAAGCUGCAGAAUUGUGAUCAGCGAACAGUCGGAGGAGUUUCUGGGCGGCUGGACGAUGCUAACUCCGCGACAACCUAAUACUCUAAGAACUUUGCCGUUCGAGGAAGCUGUUCUCUUGCUCACAGAUGCCGCCAUCUAUAGCUGCCGGUUCGAUUGGAGCAUCGAUAAGGUGUUAUCAUUCGAGCGAAUCGAUCUGCGCUCCGUAACACGAAUCAACUACGGCACAUACAUCACUUCCAUUCUGACCGACACGCAAACUGAUCAACGUGGUAACGUUGGCCUUGUUAUCGAGUACCGCGAGGGCGAUGCAAACGCCCUUCGUGUCAACACCCGCUCAUUGCAAAGUAACGUGGACACCAAGACACUCGACAGCAACGCUCCCUCCAGCAAUGAAUGGGACGUGUACUCCUGGUUCAAGGGUACACCCCACUCGACGACCCGAUUUAUUGCAUUCAAAGCUCUUCCCCUCUCCAACUCUGUAACACAAACAAGGAAGAGCAGCAUAACAGUCAGUGAAACAGACUGGGUGCGGUCUGUCUGCGAGGAAAUAGAGCGAGCUAUGAAGACCGGUGAAGCUCAGCGACCAGAAUCAAAUGAUCAAAAGGAAGGAGCCCCAUCCAUAAUCGAGGCAUCGGAUAUUAUUUCCUUAGACGAUGCUAAGAAACGGACAGGUAUCUUUGAGCAUUUGGUUUAUGACAUCAAAAAGUUGGUGUGGGCAUAG